GCCCCGCUCCCGCCCCGCGCCGCGUCGGCCGCCGCUGUCCCCGCAGCGCUUCCCGCCUCGCCGUGCUGUUACUGAGGAAGACGCUGGGUGUCUGAAUUUGAGCCCCACGUGACAUGAGUGGAACAAGUAGCACAGUUGGCCAGCAGUGCCCAGUAAUACUGGCUAUCAAAGUCAUCAGAGAAGUCACAAAUUAUUCCUAAAUUUGUCCACUGCAGAGAAGAACAAGCUGUGUUGAAAAGAGCUUCUGGCAUGAGAUAAGGUCCUUGGAUGUGUUUGUAAUUGAUAUAUAGACUGGACUUUGCGCAGGAGGGGAAAAGCCUGACAUUCCUGAAAAUGGCAGCUGAGACAUCCACAGAAGUUCCAAAAACUGCUAAGCAAUCCGUCCUUAAAGAAGAGGUAAUCGUAGAAAGAAAAUGGUUGAAGCUUGAGGAAACAACUUACACUGAUGCCUUUGGUAAAACCAGAACUUGGGAAACUGUAAAGCGUGUUGGCAAGAAAAAGAGCGUUUCAGCUGAUGGUGUGGCAGUGAUAGCUGUACUACAGAGAACUCUCCACUAUGACUGCAUCGUCCUAGUGAAACAGUUCAGGCCUCCAAUUAAUGGCUACUGCUUGGAAUUUCCUGCAGGCCUCAUUGAGGAAAAUGAGACUGCAGAAAGUGCUGCAUUGCGAGAGCUGGAGGAAGAAACUGGCUACAAAGGGGAAGUUGUUGAAUGUACUCCAGCACUCUGCUUGGACCCAGGUGUGUCAAACAGCACAACACACAUCGUGAGCGUUACCAUUAAUGGAGAUGAUGCUGAGAAUACAAGACCUAAGCAAAAGCUUGAUGAUGGAGAAUUUCUGGAAGUUAUUUCACUUCCAAAGAACGACUUACUGCAAAGAAUUGAUGAACUAGUAGCAGAAGAGCAUAUUGCAGUGGAUGCCAGGGUUUAUACUUAUGCACUGGCCCUGAAGCGUGCAACAGAGAAACCGCUCCAAGUUCCUUUCAUGAAGUUCUAAAACUUCACAGUAAUAAAUAUAGCUGAGAAUCCUCCAGUCCAGAUGGCUUAGAAGUGUAACUCUUCUUGUAAUAAAGGUUCCUUACUUGUAGAGUAAAAAAAAAAAUACUUGUAGGAAUGAUUCUGAUAUUUUUACCUGGAAUUAACUGACGGGAAGCAUUUCUAACUGUUUAGUCUAUCUAGCCUUGACAGAAUAAUCAAAAUAAAAAUGCUGCUUAAUUUUCAA